AUGGCAGCGUCGUCAUGCACCGAGGCGUCGGCGCAAUCGCGGCUCUUGGCGACGUGUGCCGUCGCGGUCAUGGUGAUGUUGGCCGAGUUCGUCGGCGGGUACGUCGCUGACAGCCUGGCGAUCAUGUCGGACGCCGCGCAUAUGGGCACCGACGUCCUGGGCCUUGUCGUUUCGCUCGUCGCUGUUCGCCUGGUGCGAUGUCCACGAACGGCCACGAUGCCAUUUGGAUACAAGCGAGCUGAAGUCGUAGGCGCCCUUGCAAGCAUCGUGUUUCUUUGGGUCGUCACCGGGUGCUUGGUUUACAGUGCCGUUCGGCGCAUGCACCAUGUUCUGGCGACUCCAGACGCAAUGGACAACGAAGCAGUCGACGGCAAGCUCAUGUUUGUGGUUGCUGCCAUUGCUCUGACUGCAAAUGUCGCUAUGUUGUUUAUCCUGGGGCACGAACACCACGGCCAUUCGCACGGGGGGCAUGGCCAUGGAGAUGCCAAGCACGGCCAUUGCCACGGCGGUGCAGGUCACUGCCAUGGGGACGGUGACCACGGGCGCAGCCAUUGCCAUUCUCAUGCUCGAUGGGACCACGGGCGGCACAGCGCCAGCCCCGUUCUGCCUGACGACAACGGGGACUGCCGCGCCUCCAUUGAACAUCACAAGCACGGCACCACGUCGAGCGACGUGAAAGACUUGCCGAACGAGCUAGGGACUCCCCAAGUGCAAUAUCAAGCGUGCGCGGAUGCCCCCGACCAUGAUGGAGUCGACAACUUAAACCUUCGAGCCGCCUACAUCCACAUCCUCGGCGACUUUCUUCAAAACAUCGGCGUGUUGGUGGCCGGCGCCGUUAUCUGGUGGCGCCCGUCCUGGCACGUCGUCGACCCCAUCCUCACAUGCGUCUUUGGCGGGAUCGUUGUCUGCACCACAUUUGGCAUCUUGCGGACGUCCAUCAGCAUCAUCAUGGAAGCGUCGCCGAGUCACAUGGAUCCGAACGAAGUCGACGCGUUCCUGCACUCGCUCCAGCCGGUCCAAAGCACUCACGACCUCCGCGUGUGGUCGAUUGGGUCGUCUACGUAUGCACUCUGCGUCCACGUCGUCGUGCGCGCUCCAGUAGCGGGCAAUGUCCCUGGAGACGGCGGCGCCGUCGUCGCUGCAAUCUCGCGUGACUUGCAACGCCGGUACCACGGCCUGGACUUUACAACGAUUCAAGUCGAAGACGAAGCGUGCGCAUGCAUCUCGGGGACGUUGUGCGCAGAAGAUGCGAGGGGCGCAGUCUAG